AUGGAACGUCUUGAUGAGGAAAGUGCAGAUUUGGACUAUUUAGAAGAAAAUUUAAAAAAGACAGAGGAAUUGACAAAGAAGAUGACGAGUAUGCUUAAUGUUUUUGACGAUCGAUUAGUAAGAUUAGAGGCUUCUAUUUUACCAAUUCAUGGGUCAACACAAAAACUAACAAAAUUAGUUGACAAUAUUGACAAAACACGUACUGGUGUUCUUGAGAUAAUUGGUUAUUUUGAUUUAGUUGUAAGAGAAGAAGCAACUAUAAAGAAAGGGCCAAAUGAGAAUGAUUUAGUACCUUAUUUAAAAUCCAUUGGAAAAUGUAAAAAAGCUAUGGAAGUUUUAGCUGGAAUGAGAUUAAAAAGCACUGCUAUGUUACAAUUGGAAGAAUUAUUUAGAAAAUGGUUAACCAGCAGGAGUAAUCCUAUAGAACCUCUAUCUUAUAUAACAAAAAAUCUGGAUAUUCCUGGAAUCCCUCAAGCACCAAUACAAAACCUUGCAAAAUUAUCAUCUUAUUUGGAAACAUAUGGACAAGAACUUGAUUACAAGAGUAAUUUUGUUGAUGUAUAUAGUGAAGUAAGAUCCAAUUAUUUGGUAAAAUCUUUAACAUUGCUGGCUCAAGGUUCCAUUAGCACAGCAGAAAGAAGAAAUACUCCAGUUUAUGAAAAAGGAACAUGUGGGUUCAAUUCUUAUACAGAAGCCAUGUUAAGAAUGUUUAAAACUGAAUAUGAAGUGGCAUCAAAAGUACUCUCACAAAAAUUUGUACAAGCUGGCUUCAAAAAUGCCAUUCAACAAUCAUUUGAUAAUUAUAUUGAGACUGGAAAAGUGUUAAAUAAUCGUGUAAGAAGGUUUAUUGAGACUGACUUAUUUUUGGCAUUUGAUAUAUUAGAAUCAUUGAAUAGACAUGUGCUGGCUUUUGAUGAUAUAUUUAUGCUUACAGGUAAAAAAGAUGUGUCAUAUGGUGAACUAUUACAUUCAUUGAAAGGUGUUACUCUUCGAUCAAUUCCUGAAUUCAUUGAAGAAAUUAAAACUCAUCGAACAAAAACAUCUGGGUUACCAUCUGAUGGCACUAUACAUGAAAUGACAAUUAAUACUUUACAACAUAUGAAACGAAUGUCAGAUUAUCCUGAAACAAUUGAACAAAUUUUAUUGACUUUGGGUGAUGGUAAUUGGAAUGUUUCAGACAAAGAUCCAAAUUUUUCAAGAAAUAGAGCAGGCGGGCUUACCGUUGGAAGCGAUGUUGUCAAACAUUAUUAUAGCUUAGCCUUAAGUCUUGAUAGUAAGGCUAGGACUUAUAAAAAGACAUCGUUGACAUGUAUCUUUCUGCUUAACAACUACCAAUAUAUUUUGAAAGCAAUAAGGACACAGUUUUCAAAACUUUUGGAUCCGGAGGUCGAACGUAAAUAUGAAAGUUUAGUUCAGAAAUGUAAUGAUGGAUAUCAGGAUACUUGGAAAGCAUGUUUUGCAAAUCUUAUGGAUUAUACUGUAGUCCGUGGUACUUUAAAAUCCACUUUAAGUCCUAAUGAUAAGCAAACCUUUAAAGAAAAACUUAAAAAUUUCUAUACAGAAUUUGAUGAAAUUUUCAAAAUACAUAAGGGAUAUACAAUUCCCGAUCUUGAAUUACGUAAUAAAGUUACAAGAGAUAUAAAAAUUGUACUUUUACCAAUUUAUAAUCGCUUUUUGGAAAAAUUUCAACAAGCUGAUUACUCAAAAGGUACAUCAAAAUAUAUUAAAUAUGACUCUGCAACUCUUGAAAAUAUGGUUAGCCGAUUAUUUGAUGGUUCUAUAUAUUAA